GAUAAGUCGAUAUGCGUGUUAGUAUACUAGUAGUAUUAGUAGAUGUAUUUUUCGUGAUUUUCUAGGCAUUAGUUUAUGGUCACACACACAUUCGCGACACACCAAAUUGCUGUAAACACUCGACAUGGGCGUCACAGUGCUUCAGCCAUAUCCACUGCCCGAGGGCAAGAGCGGAGCACACAUUAUCGAUCAUCUGGCGAAGCGGCUAUUAUCGUUGGGCGCCACACAUGCCGGUCAAUUUCUCGUGGACUGCGAAACAUUCAUAUCGACGCCACAACACGGGACACCAGCCCGUGCCGUACACGUGCUGCACAACUCCGAAUACCCGGCCUCGACAUUCUCGAUCAUUGACAAUGGCAAUGGGAAACAAGUGGCACUUGUUGCGGACAGCAUUUUCGAUCUGUUGAUGCUGAAAAUGACAUCGACCUUCACAUCGAAGAAGCAAACAAAAAUCGAAUCGCGUGGCGCACGAUUUGAGUAUGGGGAUUUUGUGAUCAAACUCGGCUCCGUCACCAUGAUGGAGCACUUCAAGGGCAUACUCAUUGAGAUCGAAUAUCGGCCGUGUGUGACGCUAUCGUAUUGCUGGGAAAUGAUACGGGAAAUGCUGCAGGGCUUCCUCGGCAUCAAUGUGGCCAAGGAGUAUCCCACAUAUUUCACCACACAAACCAUCAUGAAUGCGAUGGGACAGCAACAGUUGCAUGCCAAACAGAACGACAUCUAUGAGCCCAUGGAUACGGUCAAACAGUAUCUGGAGCACUUCACCAACUAUCGCAAACACGUGCAGAUCCAUGGUGCCCUGGGCGGAGGCGCCUCGUCGGUGGGCACCGUCGGGGGCGGGGGUCCCGGCGGUGUUUUGUUGCCCUCAUCGGUGGGCAUGGGUGGGCGUUCAUGAUGUGAGCUGAAGCUGGAGCCCCCGGAAGAUUCCGCUGCCACUUAAUGCUUUCAAUUUUCAAAGAUUCGCGUUUUUCAUAUUUUAUUUUAUACGUAUUUUAACACAAUAUUGUUGUAUAUAAUAGAUAUAUAUAUCAUUUAUCUGUAUAUAUAUUUAUUAUGUAUGAUAGUAUUUCAAAAAUCUUCGUGUAUACAUAUAUAUGUUAGUUGCUCGAAAUUAUCGGCAAAUCAUAUUUUUUUUUAUAGUUUUAUAGUGCACACAUCCUUCAUCAUCCCUUUUCUUUUCGCUCUUUCAUAAUAAGCUAAAACACUUUUUAUUUUACAGAAGAAAAAAAAAGAAACACAAAUUGUUUAAGGAUAAGAGAAACAAAAAAUGAAGAAAAACUUCCCCGCUUUCAAUAUAUUGUAUAUCUCAAAGAUAAACAAAAUGUCAUGUCAUGAUCGAAAAAUAAAUAUAUCCUCUAAAAUUUUUGUAAAAAAUGCGCAUAAAUAUAUAUAGAUUUAUUCAAAGCAUGCGAACGAAAAAAAAAAUAUGUAUGUUGUGUAUAUAGAUUGUGUAUUAUAUGUAAGAUUUAAGUAUAUAAUAUAAUGUGUAAGGAGAGUCUUGAAAAAUAAUGAUUUUUGUUUUUUCUUUUACUUAAGCAUAUAAUAAACGUUCUUUUUUUGCAAAAAUUUAUUCUUACUGCAAUUGUAAUAGUAUAAUAGUAUGUGUGUGUGUGUGUUUAAAUACAAUACAAUAAAAAUUAUAAAAAAAAAAAUUCAUAAUCGAGACCAAAUUUCAACAAACCGCAAAUUUAGUGACAUCAAAAAGAAAAAAAAAGUUGAAACAAUUUUAACGAAUAUGGAAUUUAAAUUGGAGUUAUCUUUCAUUCUUUCUUCUUGUAUCUUGAAAGUGGUCGAUACAAGUGUGUUUUGAAUAUUAUUUUCGGUUUUUUUUUGUUUGUUUGUAAUACAAUAUUUAUGCUCUUGCUAUUGUUGUUGAAAAUGUUAAUUAUAUAACACAAUAAUCGUAAUAUACGUUUUUUUUUUGUUUGCAUCUAAUUCUUGCUUUUAUGCUUUUUUGUUUGUUUUUCUUCUCAUUUUUUUGUCGUUUUUGUUUUUUUUUUGUUUGUUUGGAUCUCUUAAGCUUAAUUGUAUAUCAUAAUAAAUUGUAGUUGCAUGUUAAAUGUCUAGUAAUAAUAACGUUGUCUGUGUAGUGUAUUUGUGUAGGUGUGUGUGUGUGUGUGUUCUAUGUCUGCUUGUGUAUAACAGUUCUGUAUUACGAAAAUUUUGCAUGCAGUUGUUAUAACUGCAGCUUUUAGAGCUCGUUCUCCAGUUUAUAUGUAUGUGUGUUUGUGUUGUGUUCUGUUGUGUGUAUGCAACUGUCUGUCUUUGUAAGUGUAGGAGUAUGUGUUUAUUGCUGUUGUUGUUUUGUUUUCUUUGCGUUUUCGUUAUUUCCAUCUCAUUCCUUCAUGUAGUUUUGUAGUUGUUGUUUGCUGCUGUUGUUGGUGUUGUUGCUUUUAUCAUCUCCUUUUUGUCGCGCUCAUUUGCUUUGUGUUUUCUUCAUUUUUGUUGUUGGUUUGUUUGUUUUUUUUUUACAAAUAUUUUAAAAUAAAUUUAUGUUAUAUGUAGAUAUAUGUAUGUAUAUGUAUAUAUUAUUCAUGUAGUUUAAACGGAGAUCAAUUUCCGAUUGAUUGUUGUGUAUUUGUUGUUGUUGUUUGUUUCUUGUUAUAUUCUUUUUUGGUUUUAUUAUUUU